AACAUCAGUUUAAACUUAAAAGGUUACUGAAAUUGUUAUUCACAUUUGGUACUGCUAAUGUGUUUGCCCUGUUGCACACAGGCUGAUGUUAAGGGACUGACAUGCACAGGUUUGUCAUGGCACUGUCAGGAAUGAGUAAGUGUGUGCAGAGACACUUCAUGCACCACAAGUAACCACAACUGUGUGAUGUAAACUUUCAUUAAAUAUCUCUAUACCUCUUCUCUGGAUAGUUUCUAAAUAAAUUGAAUUACUUGCACCUUAUUUUAAAAUGGAAAAGAAAUUACACUAUUGGUACAACCUGCUUGAUCUGUUCCAUCGGGGUUUGGUUAGUUUACAUAGUUUACAUGUGCGCAUGCGUGAAUCAGUUACAUCAUUGACAUAAUGUCUGUGUUCUGUAUUCCGGCUCAGCGUUCACACUAAGUCAAAUUAAUUGGACUUUGGGGGUCAAACAUACAUGGGCACGGUAUGGAUCAGCUAGUAUGAGCGCACCUUCAAUGUCGUAACCCUGCUGAUGGCUUCCUGGUCACUUAGACAUUGACUGACAGACCAGACAAGAUGAAGACUUUCCACCAAGUUCAAACUGCGGGGGCUGUUCGCUGCUACGACUCCCUAAUUCUAAAAGCUGAAGGAAAAGUUGAACCAGAAUUGUUCUGCCAGCUAGGUCACUUCAACCUCUUGCUGGAGGAUUACCCAAAAGCAUUAUCUGCAUACCAGAGGUACUACAGUUUACAGUCUGACUACUGGAAGAAUGCUGCCUAUUUAUAUGGCCUUGGUAUGGUUUACUUCCAUUACAAUGCAUUUCAGUGGGCGAUUAAAGCAUUUCAGGAGGUGCUUUACAUCGAUCCCAGCUUCUCUCGAGCCAAGGAGAUCCACCUGCGGCUUGGACUGAUGUUCAAAGUCAACACAGACUAUGAGUCCAGCCUUAAGCAUUUUCAGCUGGCGUUAAUCGACUCGAAUCCCUGCACUUUGUCCAAAGCUGAAAUUGAGUUUCACAUUGCUCAUUUAUAUGAAAUUCAGAUGAAGUACCGCGCGGCUAAAGAGGCGUAUGAGCGUCUUCUUCAGACAGAGAAUCUCCCAGUACAGGUGAAGGCAGCAACGCUGCAGCAGUUAGGCUGGAUGCAUCACACUGUAGAUCAGCUAGGAGACAAAGCCAGUAAGGACAGCUAUGCUAUUCAGUGUCUGCAGAAGUCUUUGGAAGUGGAUCCUAAUUCUGGACAGUCUUGGUACUUCCUUGGCCGGUGCUACUCAAGUAUUGGGAAAGUUCAGGAUGCCUUCGUUUCCUACAGACAGUCCAUCGAUAAAUCGGAGGCCAGUGCGGAUACGUGGUGCUCAAUAGGCGUGCUGUACCAGCAGCAGAACCAGCCGAUGGAUGCCCUGCAGGCCUACAUCUGCGCGGUGCAGUUGGACCACGGGCACGCCGCUGCCUGGAUGGACCUGGGUACCCUGUACGAGUCAUGCAGCCAACCGCAGGACGCCAUCAAGUGUUACAUUAACGCCACGCGGAGCAAGUCCUGUAGUAAUGCCACCGCUCUGAUGGGCCGGAUAAAAUGCCUGCAGGCUCAGUUGUGUAACCUCCAACAAAGUAGUCUGCAGAGUAACAGUAAAAUACUUCCCAGUAUAGAGGAGGCAUGGAGCUUACCAAUCCCAGCAGAGCUAACAUCCAGGCAGGGCGCCCUGAGCACGGCCCAGCAGGCCUGUAAACCUCAUCAGAAUAGCGAAGGGGUUCUGGGGCAGCCCCAUAUUCCAUCUCAGACAGCACCUCUGCACACGGGCCAAUCAAACCAGGCUGAUGAGCAGUGUAGCCCGGCCAAGAGGAAGAGAACACUGAGCCCAGCAAAGAGUUCACCCGAUUCCUGGGCCAACCAUCCAGUUCAACGGCAAGUCCCUGACUGGGGCUUAACCCCGCAGAAGCUCCAGCUCCUGGAACAGUUGCGGGCCAAUAGGACCAACCUGAAGCAUGUUCAGCUGCAGAUGCUGGAGCAGCUGGAAGCCCAGUUUGCAAUCAUGCAGCAGCAGCAGACAAAACAAAAUGCGUCUGGACAGGUGCGACCCGCUGUUCAUAAUGGACCCGCUGCCAACCCGCCACUGCCAGUGAAUGCCCUCUCCUCCGCUCAGCAGCCCCAUGUUGCUGUGUCCCGGACACCCUCCGCUUCCCAGCCUGUGGUCCGGCUCCCCUGCACUGCCUAUCCCUCGGCCAACGGGCCUUUCCCCACUAGCUCCGCUCUGGCGCAGGCUCACGCAGAUACUGUCUCAGUAGGCAAUAAUCACGUAACGGGAACGGGAAGCAAUGGAAAUGUGCCUUACCUGCAGCAAAACUCUACACUACCUCAUAACUGCACAAACCCAACCAGCAGCAGCAGCACGGAGGAGCAGCGGAAAAACCAACACCUAAACUCCACUCAGGGGCUUCAAAAAGGUCCAGGUUCGCAUUUGGCAGGUCCCAAUGGCGAACAGACUUUCUCUUCCACUGGGACUACCCAGCAUUCCCAGGCAGCUGGCGCUGGCUUUCUCAAUCAGGUCGGGCAUUCCACCAUGCCUGGCAGUUCAUUAGCACAGGGGGCUGCUCUCAAUCACAUGGCCCCCCUGCCUCCCACUGCUACCUCAGGUGGACAGCAAGGCAUUAUCUUAACCAAAGAGAGCAGGCCCUCGGGACCCAGUGUGGCAGCGGGGCCUGAUGAUGGCAAGCAUUCGGCAGGGACGCCAAACAGCACUGCCAUCAUGCAGGGACCCCCUAACCACACCCAGCAAGCCACGGCUGAUGCGGCCCCAAGCCCCUGCGAGGCCAAGUCACCGGGCAUGUUCAGUUCAGACAAUCCUCAGCUCUCUGCCAUGUUCGUGGGAAAAGCUGCGAAGAACGGGGUGGCCGCGUCCUGCGAGAGAGCCAAUACCGAGAACUCUGUGGCCUCUUCGCCCUGCUCGGCCAUGUCCACAGCCACCCCCUCCCCCAAGUCUGUGGAACAAACCACCGCUAACAGUGUUGCCAGCCUUAACAGCCCCCUGGCGGGCAUGGGACCCACGGUGAAUGGCAAAGGUUCGGAGGACUCCCAGAGCCCAAUGAAAGUAGAUCCAGCAGUGAUUAACCAUAAGCCCGCCCCUUUGCUGGCUCCUUCAUCCUCGGUGUCCAUCUACCCCAGCUCCUCUGACGUCCUAAAGGCAUGCAGGAACCUGGGCAAGAACGGUCUGUCAAACUGCAGCAUUUUAUUAGACAAAUGCCCCCCGCCACGGCUGCCGCCUCAACCAUUCCCCUCUCUGCCAAAGGACAAACUCAACCCCCCCACGCCUAGUAUUUAUCUGGAGAACAAGCGUGACGCCUUCUUUCCACCUUUACAUCAGUUCUGCACAAACCCAUCGAACCCAGUCACGGUGAUCCGUGGCCUUGCGGGGGCCCUCAAGCUGGAUCUGGGCCUGUUCUCCACCAAGACUUUGGUGGAGGCCAACCCAGAGCACAUGGUGGAGGUGCGUACGCAGCUGUUCCAGCCCACUGACGAGAACUGGGACGUGACCGGAAGCAGGAAGAUGUGGCGCUGCGAGAGCAGUCGCUCACACACCAGCAUCGCCAAAUAUGCCCAGUACCAGGCUUCGUCCUUCCAGGAAUCCUUACGGGAGGAAAAUGAGAAGAAAGGACAGAGAGACCAUUCGGACUCGGAAUCGAUGUCCUCUGAGAGUGUGAGCCGAAGAAGAAAAGGGCCCUUUAAACUCAUCAAGUUCGGGACGAACAUAGAUCUGUCCGAUGACAAAAAGUGGAAGCUGCAGCUGCAGGAACUGAGCAAGCUCCCAGCGUUCGCGCGGGUUGUAUCUGCGGGGAACCUUCUAAGCCACGUGGGCCACACAAUCCUGGGAAUGAACACGGUCCAGCUGUACAUGAAGGUUCCUGGGAGCCGGACCCCAGGUCACCAAGAAAACAACAACUUCUGUUCUGUUAACAUCAACAUUGGACCAGGAGAUUGCGAAUGGUUCGCCGUACCAGAGCCUUACUGGGGUGUCAUGAAUGAUUUCUGUGAAAAGAGUAACAUAAAUUUUCUCAUGGGCUCCUGGUGGCCCAACCUGGAGGACCUUUAUGAAGCCAAUGUCCCAGUGUAUCGUUUCAUCCAACGUCCAGGGGACAUGGUGUGGACCAACAUGGGCACAGUGCACUGGGUGCAGGCAAUCGGCUGGUGUAAUAAUAUCGCCUGGAAUGUCGGGCCACUCACAGCAUUCCAGUAUAAACUUGCAGUUGAGAGAUACGAGUGGAAUAAGCUGCAAAGUGUAAAAUCCAUCGUUCCCAUGAUUCACCUGUCCUGGAAUAUGGCCCGGAACAUCAAAGUCUCUGACCCUAAGCUCUUUGAGAUGAUAAAAUACUGCUUGCUGAGGACCCUAAAGCAAUGCCAGAUGUUAAAGGAGGCCCUGCUGGCGGCAGGAAAGGAGAUGGCGUGGCAUGGGAGGACUCGAGAUGAGCCAGCACACUACUGUAGCAUCUGUGAGGUGGAGGUCUUCAACCUGCUCUUUGUCACAAGUGAAAGUAACUCCCGCAAGACCUACGUGGUGCAUUGUCAGGAUUGUGCUCGGAAGGGCAGUGCUAACCUGGAGAACUUUGUGGUGCUAGAACAGUACAAAAUGGAGGAUCUGAUGAAAGUCUACGACCAGUUCACAUUAGCCCCUUCUUUGCCUUCAUCUUCAUCUUGACGUUUAGCGUUAUUGUUCUGUGGACAGUCGACAGGAAGUAAAUGAACUGUUUCUGAUAUUCAGGAAGUGACCCAGUUGUGUCUGGUUUCUGUAGCUAUCCCACAAGGCUGCUGGCUGAAAGCGGAGUGUCUAUGCAACCUGCCAUGUGCGGAGUGUCAACCUACGGGCUGCGAGUGACCGCUGCUCCUUCUCCAGGACUGUUUACAGCUGCCUCAGCUGUACUUACAUAGAAAAAGAAACAAAAGGAAAAAAAAAAAAAAGUUUUGUAUAUAUAUCACAACUGGCAACAUCACAAAGACUACUGACUUGACAACCUUUUUGUUCUUUUUUUUAUGGGCUGGUAUGAUCUACAAUCUCUUGCAUUUCCCCCUUUAAGUGAGUACUAGCUUAGCUGGUCUUUUCGUAGGUAGAAAUCUUAAGUCUGUUCUGGCAACAAAAUUCAAAAAGAAAAAAAAAAGUUACGUGAAAAGUUAGGUGAUAUAAUUUUUUUUUCCUUACAGCUUUUGGUUUCCUUGUAUCGUUAUUUUGAAUUAUUCCCCCCCGAGUUUCCUUGAAGAAGUAAUAGCCAAGUCACAAAGAAAAAUGGAUUGCACAUAGACUAAGGAAUAAACUUUAAUUUGUGAUUUUUGUUUCUAAUCUUGAUGUAAAUUUACACUAUUUAUAAAUACAUAUUUAUUGCUUGAAAAUAUUUGUGGAUGGAAUGCUGUUAUUUUUUUCCCAGAGUACCUGCCAUUAAAUUUUAAGGGGUUUUGUCAUUUUAAACACAACUCCUAUUACGUUUUCUAUAUCUAAAUAAAACUGCUUAGCAAGCGUUGUACAGAAACCUACAUUAAAAUUGUUUUAUUGUUUGAAGAAUGUUUUAUGAGUUAUUAAACCAAAAUGGGUAAUCUUU